AUGUCUUGGGAUAUUCGUUUCGUAGUUGGAUUAUAUUUUGGAACCAAGCAUUCAGGAUUCGCGUAUUGUCAUGUCUGUGAUGAUAAUAUAAGAAUAAAUGAAGAUUGGCCUAGAUGGAUGGGUAAUGGUCAAGUUGGUCAAGUUGUUCAAUUUAAAACCAAUACAGUAUUACAAUAUGAUAGUAAUUUAAAUGUCAAAUAUUGGGGAUAUCCUGCAUUAUAUAAACGUCCAAGAAGGAAUUUUGAUGAAGAGGAACGAAGUUUUGUAGCAGAAUUAUUUACAUUGCAUUUAGAUGAUUUGCAGGAAAGUCAAAAACCGGUUCUUCCAAAUGGAUUGGAUUAUAAAAAAGCAAUCGUUGAUUAUCUUCAUGAAAUGGGAAAUGUAGUGAUUAACAUUGACAUUGAUUUUUUGGAACAAGUUCUUCUAGUCCUUACUAUUCCAGCCGAAUAUUCGGAAAAAGCAAAAUCUAUAAUGAGAGAUUGUGUACAUGAGGCUGGAUUAAUUGGCGAAAAAAAUUCCGAUAAAUUACAAUUGAUUACGGAAACUGAGGCUUUGGCAAUUCAUUGCAGAGAUAGUCUCGGAGAACAUGGUUUAAAUAGCGGAAAAAACUUCAUGGUUGUUGAUUGUCGUAGUGGUUCAAUAGUUUUGACAACUCGAAAAUUACUCUACGGAAAUCGAUUAGAAGAAGUUAAAGAGAGAACAAGUGAUUUUUGCGGAGGUUCUUUUGUCGAUAGAGAAUUUAUUAAUUACUUAAGGAGAGAACUCGGAAAUGAAGCUAUAGAUUUAUUAAGAGAUAAUUUCCAUGGACAAAUGCAAUAUUUGGUUCAAUCAUUUUGUCAAGACGCCAAAUUACCAUUUAAAGGAGAUGAUCGAGAUUUUUAUUAUGAAAUUAACCUUGAAGAAGUUUCUCCAGUUUUAUUACAAUAUGUAAGAGAUGAAAGGAAACAAAGAAUGGAAGCUGCUGAAUGGUUUAUUUAUCUUGAUUACAACACAAUCAAAUCAAUGUUUGACCCAGUCAUUGAAAGAAUUUUACGUAUGAUGCGUGUUCAUAUUGAAAAUGCAUCUGGGGUUGAUGAAUAUACUGAAAAAAAAAAGACCGAUAUAAUUUUUUUGGUGGGGGGAUUUAGUGAAUCAGGGUAUUUGCAAAAGAGAAUCAGAGAGGAAUUUCCGGGUCAUAAUAUUUAUGUUCCUACCUAUCCUAAUGCAGCAGCAAUUUCUCGUGGCGCAACAAUCUAUGGUUUAGGCUUUAACGAAAUCGAUAGAUUAGAUAUGGAUGGUCAAUUCUCUAAUAUCGAAUCACGUUUAUUACAAUUUACUUAUGGGAUCAAAUUUUGGAAAUCCGAUGAAGGAUUUCUUUUUAAAUGUUUAGCAAGGAGAGGAAAAGAAGUUAAAAUCAAUGAAGAAUUUAGUGUUAGAGUUCGACCCAGUCACCCGUUUCAAAGCACUGGGAUAUUUGAAAUUUAUUACACACGAAGUUUUUCAGCGAAAACUUGUGAAGAGGCAGGAAUGAAAUUACUUGGAAAACUUAAAAUUGAUUGGUCAGAUGGGAUGGACAGAACCACUACUUUUAAAUUAGCAUUUGGUAGAAUGGAACUCAAAGCAAUAGCAAAAAAUGAAAUUAACGGUCAAACUUUUCAAACGUCCUUUGAUUUUGACGACGAAUGA